UGAUGGGGUGAGUUUCAUGCUCACCGUAAAUUACGAAAAAGAGUGUCAAGUCGGUGUAGGAAUGUGGCACUUCAAAAUGGCUGCCAGUUACUUUAGUAAUUUACGGCCGUAUCUUUCUUUGUUGUCGCGGGUAUAAUUACGGCCGAGGAUCGUCGAGACGCGGAAUUUUGCUACGAGAAAAAUAGUGGAGGGUGCGUUCUAUGGGAACCACUUGGACGUCUUUUACCCGCUGUGCAAACGUGAAAACGGAAUAUGCUCGAGUGCCAUACACUGGCAUCGCCUUGGCUUUAAAGGGACAUAUUAUCACGAUAAUACACAAUUCUGUGGAUUCUACUUAAUCUGAGUUAAUUUUUAAAUUUAACGAUGACUUUGGACAACUCUAAGCAUAAUUAUUCGAUAUUCAAGUUAUCUGUGAAUAGGUUAGAUGUGUGAAUGCAUUCCUAUUCUCUUGACUGUGAAUUUUGUGGGACAUCAAUAGUGCUUAAUAGUUUAAAGCACAACUCAUUUUUUCAUCAUAAACUUAUGGAUUAUACGAAUACUUCAAAGUGUCGGAAAAAUUCUCUUGGAUAUAUAAUAAAUGAUAAAUUUAAAAUAAUCAAUCAACUUGAGAAUAACAACAAGAAAUUGUAAAUAAAUUUAAUUGUUGGUUAAAAACACAAUUGAAAUUAUUGAAAUAGAGAAAGACUUAUUAAUAAACAGACAUGUCUUCAAAAUACCUAAGCUUGCUUGACUAAAAAACAAUUUCAAUUGUUCUAUAGGUUAAUGCUGCUGUUGGAUUGGAGCUAGGUCCCAGAGGGCCUAGCAUGGGCCACUAUGAACCCAUCUGCUGUCAGCAAGUCAAGCACUCGCGGCUCUGGAUACCACCAAAAAGCUUUAGCUGAGAUUCGUAAUUCUCUACUUCCUUUCGCUAAUAUCGGAGGUACGGGGGAAGUAGGUUCCAGUGCCGCAAGUACAAUUUCCACUCUCUCUACAACUAGUGGAGUGAGUUCAGCUUCAGGACUUAGCGGACUGUCAGGAGCAUCAGGAUCUCUUGUUGAUAAACCUGAACAACGUCAAGCGUUAGCUCAGCUUUUAGCAAUGGGAUAUUCAGAGGAAAUCGGGAUGCGAGCCCUGAAAUUAGCAGGCUGGCGUUUAGAUGCAGCUAUAGAAGUUUUAAAACAAGCUCAAGGUGAACCUCUCAACGGUUUAGGAAAACUUAAUACAAAGUUAAUAAGGAAACCAAGUCUCGAAAGAGAGUUAAGUCUUCAACGAGGAAGUCCAGCAUUAGAUAGUGGCGCUGGUAGUUCUCGAUCGGAUAGUCCAAGAUUGACUGAAUUGAGUCCACAUCCUCAACUAAGUCGUCAAUAUUCACCAAGUAGUUUUGUUGAACGUGAAACACCACCUCCACCGCCACCAAGAUGUAGUUCGACACCACCACCACCUCCUCCACCGCAUGCCCCUUACAGUCAACCAAAUGUACCUACGAAUAUGCAACAGAUGCUCAAACGAAUGUCACCAGCACCUGUAGUACCAUCUCGAGCUCCAGCAGCAACACCAGGAAAUUCUACUACUGUCACAGGAUCUGUGAAUCCUCCACAACGUGGUACGAGUCCUGUUGCUAGUGCUAGCAGUACUUCGAAUGGUAGACAACCUAUGAUUGUUCAAAAUGGUCCACAAGUGCAACAACAAUUAAGUCAACAAAUACAAGCAUUAAGCAUUUAUCAGUCAAAUAAUUCAACAACUAACACGCAAGUUGAACCUCCCCCGCCAUAUCCAAUUGUUCCAUCGUCGACAGCUGGAACAGUUCAACCACCUUCAUACAGUGCAUCGAUGCAAAAUCGACAAAGUCCAACUCAAUCACAAGAUUAUCGGAAAAGUCCAUCUUCAGGUAUUUAUUCAGGGCCAACAUCCGCUGGAUCACCAAGCCCUAUUACAGUAUCAACUGUACCACCUAGUACCCAAGGAUCUAUGGCUAGACCAACACCACUUCAAGCUUGGGGAGCGAGACAAGCGAAGACUCAACCUCCUAUUAUAAUGCAGUCUGUUAAAAGUACCCAGGUUCAAAAGCCUGUUCUUCAAACUGCUAUUGCUCCUACCUCUCCUCAACCAAUCUCUACAUCUAAUACGUCUCCACCACCACCUCCAUCGUAUGCCUCAUCGAUUCAACAAAAACAACAACAACAACAACCUCAACAACCUUUACCACCUGCAUAUCCUCCUGUGAAUAAUCCAACGACUACGGCCAAUCCUACAGCAAUAGGUUUGGGUGUACCAGUUGGUGUUCCUACGACAGAACCUCCAAGUUAUGCGACGACAAUGCAAGCUCUUGCGGUUCAACGCAGUAUGCAUCAUCCCCUUCCGCCACCACCAUAUGGAACACCAACAGAUGAUGCUAUGUCGAUAUCAACAGUAGAAAGCAAUAGUGCUCCUAGAUCAUCCCCUGUAGCUCAUCAUCCACCACUUCAAAGAAAGUACUCACCCGUGGAAAGUUGUCAACAACAUCAUUCAGAUCAUACACCACCACUUCCUCCAACUGCUUCCACAUCAGUGUCUAAUCGAAACAAUAAUAAUAUCAAUAAUAAUAAUAGUAACAAUAACAAUAAUAAUCAUCCACCGUCUCCUGAUAGUGCCAAAGGUGGACCAUAUAAAAUAAAGCAUCAAUCUCCUAUUCCUGAGAGAAAGCAUAUGAGUAAAGAGAAAGAGGAAGAGCGAAGAGAUUGUAAAGUUCGAAAUUACUCUCCUCAAGCGUUUAAAUUUUUUAUGGAGCAACACGUGGAGAAUGUUCUCAAGUCUCAUAAACAACGACUUUAUAGGAGGUUGCAGUUAGAAACGGAAAUGGCGAAAAUAGGCCUUAGUGCUGAAGCACAGUGUCAAAUGAGGAAAAUGUUAUCACAGAAGGAAUCGAAUUAUAUUAGAUUAAAAAGAGCAAAAAUGGACAAGACAAUGUUUACUAAAAUAAAACCGAUUGGUGUUGGUGCAUUUGGUGAAGUGACGCUAGUUAGAAAACUAGAUACUAAUCAGUUUUAUGCUAUGAAAACAUUAAGAAAAGCUGAUGUGCUUAAUCGUAACCAAGUGGCUCAUGUUAAAGCUGAACGAGAUAUUCUCGCUGAAGCUGACAAUGAAUGGGUCGUCAAGCUUUAUUAUUCAUUUCAAGACAAGGAUAAUCUCUAUUUUGUUAUGGAUUAUAUACCAGGUGGUGAUCUCAUGUCAUUGCUCAUCAAGUAUGGUAUUUUUAAAGAACCGUUAGCAAGGUUUUACAUCGCCGAACUUACUUGUGCUGUCGAAAGUGUCCAUAAAAUGGGAUUUAUUCAUCGAGACAUUAAACCAGAUAAUAUUCUUAUUGAUCGUGAUGGACACAUUAAACUUACGGAUUUUGGGCUGUGCACGGGAUUCCGCUGGACUCACAAUUCCAAGUAUUACCAGCAAAAUGGUCAUGGUAAGCAGGAUUCAAUGGACCCAGCUGAUGAUUGGAAUAAUGAGUGUCGUUGUAUUCAACUGAAACCUUUAGAACGAAGACGACACAGAGAACAUCAACGAUGUUUAGCACAUUCUUUAGUUGGAACUCCAAAUUAUAUUGCUCCAGAAGUGUUGCAGCGUACGGGAUACACUCAGUUAUGUGAUUGGUGGAGUGUUGGGGUAAUUUUAUAUGAAAUGUUAGUCGGAUCGCCACCUUUCCUUGCCAAUUCUCCUGCUGAAACGCAGUAUAAGGUUAUAAAUUGGGAAACAACUCUACAUAUUCCAAAGCAGGCUAAUCUUUCGCCUGAAGGCAAGGAUUUAAUCCUUAAGCUGUGUGUAGGUGCGGACCGUCGACUUGGAAAGAAUGCGGAUGAGGUGAAGAGUCAUCCCUUCUUCGAGAGCAUUGACUUUGAGAAGGGCUUACGUCGUCAAGUCGCGCCACACAUACCGCGCAUUCAGUAUCCAACAGACACAAGUAACUUUGACCCCGUGGAUCCAGAUAAACUUCGAAACUCCGAGACUUCAGAUUCGAACAAAUCUGAUGAACUUUUGGACAACGGAAAACCUUUUCAUGGGUUCUUUGAAUUUACGUUUCGUCGAUUUUUUGAUGAUGGUGGUGGAGCUCCUUAUCCUAGUCGAAUAAGUUUGGAUGACAAUGAUAAUCAGGGCCCGGUUUAUGUAUGACAUUAGGCUUAAAACUGGCUCUAAGAGUUACCCUCUUAAAAAAUAUAUGAACGAUGUGUAAAUUACUAUGAAGAAUAACAUCGUUUGUAAGUAGGUACAAAGUGAUUACUGUCUCUCUGACGUUAAUUUUACUCACGUUGCUUUAACGCAUAUGAACUUCUUGUUCAUCUGACAAAGUGAAACAAGAAGAAAAAUUGAAGAAACAAUGGGAAAACUUCUCUGUUAAAGAAUGUGGUGAAAUAAAAAAAUUAAUUAAGUUGAAGUAAAAAGGUAAUUUUAAUGAGGUAACGAAACAUUACUGAGGGAUAAAGAAAAAGCACGUGGAAAACACACAAAUUGAAUAGUGAGUUUAUCAGCAAUUAUUGGACAGACGAAUUAUUACAUCGAAGGAAGAAAGUGCGCGUUUUGUGUGUUUAAGUGAGUACUGUGAUAUUGCCGAUAAUUAGAAUAAUGUGGCUUAUAAAUUACACUCGGUUCUUAUUUAAAUUUUUUUUAUAUAUCAAACGAUGUGCGUAUAAUUAUUGUUAUUAAUUAUUUCAAUCGAUUAAUUAAUUAAAUAGUUCAUUCGUCAAUCAAUCCAUUAAUUAUAUGAACAAUAUUAUCACUGUAUAGAAUCUUUCUAUUUUCGGAUGAAUGUGAUGUGUUCAUCGCGUAAUUAUCAUGCUUUUUAGAUUUUACGCGACUUGUAAUAACCGAUUUAUUUUUAAACAAUAUUAUCGAUUUUCAGCUGGUUUUUGUUUUCUCUCUCAUCAAUAUGAAUUUUAUUUAAAUACCCGCCUACACUGACAAUCAAAUGCGGAAUAUUAGUGCGCAAUACAAUCUUAAUUAAAUGAUUAACUAAUCAUUAAAUAAAAAUAUAAGAUGAGAUUAAUGAAAUGAUGAAUGAUUAAUGAUAAUAAAAAUACUAGUGUUCUAUAGAAAAUUAUUUAAGCCCUGUGCAAACAACGAAACUUAUAUAUACAUACAUAUAUAUAUAUAUAUAUAUUUUCAACAUGUACAAAACGUGUGAUUCAAUUACUAGGAUCAGAAAAAUGAUUCGUAAUGUGUAAUAAAGUGCCUUUACCUCGAAGUAGGCAAAAUAAGCUUUUUAAAAGUUUACAAACCUCAAUUACUCAUCUUUGAUGUGCGUUCAUAUAUCAUAAUUUGUUCGUUAGCUCAUCAAAAUGAAUUAUAUUGAGGGUAGUUUAUAAUAAAACGGAUUGCAAUGUAUGUACCAUGUACAGACGUAUUUGUUUAACUAUUGGUAUUUCUAUAAUUAUUAAUAAUAAUGUCACUAAAAUUAUUAUUAUGAAUAUUAUUAUAAUAAUUUUAUUAUUAAUAUUGCUAUUAUUUUAUUAUUACUAUCAUUAUCAUUAUCAUUACUAUUUUAUUAUCGUAAUUAUUAUCACUACUACUAUUCUUACUACUAUUAUAAAUUUUCCGUUGUAUGUGUGUAAUAUAUUGUUAAACCGGUGCAAAAUCAUAAAACGAAAAGUGCCUUAACAUCUGUUCUCACUUUUCUGAUUUUUUUUUUCUAAUGAAGCAUUACUUAGAUAUUUAAUAAAUGCAAUUCAUCAAAUAUUUUGUCGAUAAAAAUUUACAACAUAAAUUGUAAACUUAACAACGUCAAAGUCAUUUUAAAUUGUUUUUUUUCUUCUUUUUUUUGUCAUUUUUAUUGAUCAUUCGUACCAAAGGAAUUUAGCACGAUUUUCCUGGAGAAAAUUAAUGAGAUGAUCUUGUAUGAAUUUUAGUUAAUUCUUUUUUGUUUUUAUUAACUGUAUCAAUUCAUUCAUCAGAAUUAAUCUUUUAACAGCUAUAUAAUUGUUUUUUUUUUUUAAAUUUCUAAUUCUAUGCAAAAAAGAAGGAUUAUUUAAAGAUUUGAGAAUGAAUUAAGAUCAGUUCAUUUAAAUGAAUUCAAUGCAUUUUUUUUACUUUAUCUAAACAAGAUUUGAGAAAUCAACUCAGCUCAGUUAGACAAAGUCAUACUCAAUUAAUCAAUAGAUGAAUAAGAAAAUUAAAUUAACAAUCAGGUUAUCGAAUAAGAAUAAUGAUAACGUUGAUAAAAAUAUUAUAAUGCAAAAGCAGAUCUGUUUAGUUUUAUGUGCCCUUGAUUGAAUUAUGUAUAGACAAAUUCAAAUUUAACACUUGUACAUUUUGUUAUAUCGUUUAUUUUAUUACCCUUCUUACUCCUUUUAUUAUUAUGCUCCCCGUCCCUCUUUGUAAUUAUUUUAUGAAAUGAAAGAAUCAUAAAAUAUAAACUAGU